GAAAGCAAAGAGGGACCCAUGUGAAAUGUUUGGAUUGUAAUAAUAGUUGUAAAUUUAUAUAACAUACUUUUGUGCUCGAGGCCCCCUGCUGCCGCUUAAAAUCCAUCUACUGACCUUACACACCUCGAAAAAGCUUAUGACGCAGUAAUCAUGUAAAUUUUAACAUAAUUGCGAGAACUUAAAAAAAUACACUGACUGAACUAGAGACAUAAAAUAUGCAAUAUUUUUAUGAAUUUUGCACCGCUGUUUUUUAUGAGCCGCUGUUGUCUAGAUUUAUAUCUAAACUUUAUAUUAGAUCUCAUGGGAAAGAUUUAUAAUUUUGCUGAAAAAAAGUUUUUUUUCAUUUAUAGUUUGUGAUUACAACUCAGAACAAAACCUACAAAUCCAGUUAGUUCAAAGAAAAAGAUGAGGAGGUUUAAAGUUCAUUUUCCAUUUCUGAUCUUAUUUCUGAACGGCCUGGCCGUAUUGCUGCUAAUCGUUGGUUAAAAUAAAAAUAAUUUAAACUUAAAAAUAGUGUUAAUCAAAAUAAAGGUUUGCUCUAUACAACCAUCUGAUAGUGGUCCUAAAAGUCGGCUAAAACUUACAUUUUUAUAUGUAUGUAUGUCCAUAUAGCCAGCUUUCAAACUGGCUGAUGUGAUUGACCCAACAAACCACGCACGAAUCCAACAAAAUGGAUAUAUCUUUGACCUCAUAACGGUAUCACAAUUUCAGUCGUAAAAUUGCAGAAAUUAUAACCUCCGCGAUGUAGCGCGCAUCGACGAACACAACUUCAUGUGCGUUGACCCACGAUCGCAUAUACAUCCAUGGCAAGCUUACAACUUGCCUACAUUUAUCGUACAGCGAUCAGAAAUCAUCAUCAACCGGUGCGCCUUCAAGUACCGAUCGAGCAGUGCGCUCCAAUUUCGUUCGCGCCUACAUCGUAAAUUGAAUCAAUCGCCCAAAACAGCAAGACGCAAUCAAGCAACGCUUGGUUUUGCUGUUCGCGUCACCUGAGGCACAAUACCACAUGCUAGUUUGCCCUUGAAGACAAACUGGCCUGCUUCAUGUUACUGCUUUCAACUUCCGAAAAUACUGCACACACGUUCUGGCGCACACCGUUUCGCCUGGGGACGCAGCUUACCCAAACUCUUCUCGAUUGUUUCCAUUCCCCUUCGUCCGGAGAGUGGCCGCACCGUAAGCUGCUGUGCACAAGGACCUUCCCAGAGUUUGAAUCUUCCAAGGAAAUGCUUCAAGGAACUUUGCCCUGCGAGUUGCGACGCAUAUAUAAAGACAGUGCUCAAUUCAAGAAUGCUGUCAUUCGCUUGAUUUCUUUUGGUCCGAAAGGUGUCAUACACGGCUAGUCAGAAUGGCUUUCAAAUUUCUUGCUAUUUGCGCUAUUUUCGCCGUAGCAAACGCCGGUAUUCAACAACCAAUAAGCCCCGUUUAUCAUGCAGCGCCAAUCAAUUUCGCACAGCCUGCCCUAUUUAAGCCAGCGCAACAGCAAACAGUAUAUACACAGCCGGCUUUAAUCAAAACAGUGCAACAACCGACGGUUGUGAAAACCUACGCACAACCUGCGCUAGUGAAAAACUACGUCCAACCGGCAGUAGUAAAAAGCUACGUACAGCCAACUAUUGUUAAGAAUUACGCGCAACCAACCUAUAUCAAACAGGUCGAAGAGUACGCACCGGCUAACUACGAGUUCUCGUACUCAGUUCACGAUUCGCAUACUGGAGAUGUGAAGAGCCAGCAUGAAACCCGCCAUGGCGACCAGGUACAGGGUCAGUAUAGUCUGUUGGAUGCUGACGGUCACCAACGCAUCGUAGACUACACCGCUGAUGAUCAUAAUGGUUUCAACGCCGUAGUUCGACGCGAACCAACACACGUCAAAGUGGUGCAACCCGUUCAGAAGGUUCUAGCUCAACCAGCCUACACUGGGCACUACUGAAUUGAAUAAGACUUGACUCAAAUCAUCAGGAUAAGUAAAAUGCACGAAGUUUUAGUUAAAAACAGUUAUUGUUGAAAUAAAGUAAUAGCUUUUAUUGUUCAGUUGUUUGUUCUACUUGUUAUUAUUAUUUAGCUCUAGCCUGCUUCUUUUGGAUUUAAACCGACUUGUUCUUUACAUUAUUUUAAUUACUUACUAUGUCUUAAAGGUAAUUUUUUAACGUAGUUUUUUUUUUUCUAUGUUUGUUUUUACUAUGUUUGUAGGGGGUUUACAUAAACGGAUUGUAAAAAGUAUCAUGUUAAACUUAUAAUAUUAAAUGUUAUCGUUUAACAUGCUAAACCCUGUGUUUUAUUAAUUUAGCUUUUCUCCAAGCCUCGAACUCUUGGUAAAUAUUUUGUAACAGUUAUUUAAUAAACAACUAACUUUCACUGAUAUACCUUUUCGAAAACAACACUAUGUUGAGAUUUUAAAUUUACUUUGAACUGACGUGCUCGCCUUAUCAUAAGCUGUGCAUAUUUUUUGCUUGUCUUAUCAUGUUUUCGCUCUUUUACAUUGCGAAACGGGCCAUAAACCAUUGAAAAGAGAGUUUCACUAAAAGAGAAGCAUUAUUCAUCUGAACGUCUGGAAUGUUUCAGUUAGUUCCUCAGAAACUAGGGCUCUCAGUUGUUUGCUCCGAUCGCCAGACUAAAGUCGAACAGUGAGAUGGAGCCGCUACGGCCAGCCAGUGAAGAAGAAAUACGACAACUCAUUGAAAUUUACGAAGCGAGCCUACCCGAGUCAGUGCAGUUUAUGUUAAUAUUACAAAACAUUUUACGCUUAAAUACAACAAUUUGUGGUAGUGAUCUAGAAGUGGCGUCGCACAGGUUACGGAAAACCAUUUACGUUCCAAAUAUUCAGAAUUUUAAUCGAUUUGCAACAUUUGUAGCCAUUAGCUGUGAAGAUGAUUUAUACAUCAUGGCCCACUCUUUGCAAAAUCCUCCUCUUGAGCUGUGUGACGCACUUCAAAACACGCACCUAGUUAAAUGGCAUCUUAAACCAGCGUUUGUUAUAGGUGGGGAAAAGCUAAUUCAUGACAAAAUACACCAAAAAGCAAAAGAAUUAAACUUAACAAUAGACACAUCUGAUUACGUAAAUUACUGGAUACCACGAGAAAACGCAGCCAAUCUCAAAUUUGUGGUGCCAAGCGAAGUGCAGCUGAAACCAUUAGAAAAAGAACAUGGAAAACUGUUAAACGAAUGGUGGCCAUAUCGUUAUAAGAUGUCUCUGUGGUAUAUUGAGUCAGCCAUCAAACAUAAUGGAGGUCUUGGACUGUUUGAUAAAUCCUCGGGUGAACUGAUAUCUUGUGUGUUUAAAAAUGAUCUCGACGGCAUCGCACAUCUGUACACAGUCCCUGAUCGGAAUAAUAGAGGCUAUGGAAGUACACUAGCAAAAGCAAUGGCAAGGCUUAUAGCGGUGGAUCAUCAGCAACAUGUGCAAACGUUCAUAAGUGCAAACAACGUAAAGUCAAUCAGGUUAUUUGAAAAACUUGGCUUCGCAGCUGUUAACGAAAUACAUUGGCUCAUAAUGCAGUGAUUUCUCCGGUGUAAUCUAACCUCUUUUUUCUAACUCUCUAUAAAGAAGGUAAACAAAACAUUUUACGAUAAAAAAACUCACAAACGCAGUGUUUGAUCUUGAUGACUGACGACAUAACAAAAUAUGGUUAGCACUGGGAUGCUGGAAUGUAUUGUUCCAUUACAAAAACAAUAUCAUGAAGGUUUCUUAACAGAAAAUCACUUAUUAUUUUUAUAAGAUUUUAUAAUAUAAUAUGAUAUAUUUAUAACAUAAAUCAAAUUAUUAUUAUUAAUUUUUUGCUCGGAUAGAAUGGCCUGGUCGUAUCAAGACUUAUUGUACCACAUAGCAGGAUAGUCAAUCCUUGCUACGGGGAGACGGUCCGGAUGGGACUUGAACCCAAGUCCUGCCGUGUGACCCGGCGCCGUUUAUCACAUACACCACCGGGCCGGCCCACCACUAUUGUUAUUAUUAUUAUUGCAAUAACAAUUAUCAUUAUUAAUUUAUUUAUUUCCGUUAUAACGCCGGUUUAUAGAAUGGACUUACUGACUAAGACCUAAACCUAACAUUGUUAAGUGAUAUGGAACUGGGACGACAGGGAUGAAAAAAGAUGGGAAGAGUGUUUAAGAAGGGACCGGAAGGUGGAUAAGAUAACGUAGAAGUCGAACAUAUGGUACACGGAAUUGAAAUGACGAAUAGUACACACCAAGGGUCUUUGCGCCGUACUGAAGUUCGGUGAGUCGGGAUCGCAAGAGAGGAACGAUUACGAGGGAUACAGGAAGGAAUGUAAAAUUGAAUAGAUGAUAUCAAAGCGCGAGCACCGGUAUGACCGAGAAGGAGAGCAGCAAUGAAGACUGAUUGCGAGUAAGGACGGUAAGCUUCCAGCGAGUUUAGACUGAAACAAAAUAAAUUCAGUUUCAAAUAAUAAGAAACCAUUA